AUGUUUCAAUGGUACCAGCGAAGUUUGAUCCAGCGUCCUUUGCUGACGCAGAGCUUGACGACUGCGUGUCUUUUCGCCGUUGGAGAUAGCCUCGCCCAACAAGCCGUGGAGAAAAGGGGUAUCGCUCAGCAUGAUGUGGCCCGUACGGGACGAAUGGCUUUUUAUGGGGGAGGUAACGUUCAACCCUUCCCUUACAAGUUACCGUUGCUAACGGUGGUAGCUGUUUUCGGUCCCCUGGCCACAAAGUGGUUCCAGGUCCUGCAGAGGCGUAUCAAUCUGCCCUCUGCACAACGGACCGUCGUUGGCCGCGUCGCAGCCGACCAGUUACUAUUCGCUCCCACCAUGAUCGGAGUCUUUCUGUCCAGCAUGUCCGUCUUGGAAGGCGGGAGUCUCAGUGAAAAGUUGGAGAGAUCGUACUGGCCAGCGCUGAAAGCGAACUGGACAGUGUGGCCGUUCCUGCAGCUGGUGAACUUUGCGCUUGUGCCGCUGCAGUUCCGUGUGCUUACAGUCAAUGUGUUGAAUAUUGGAUGGAACUGCUUCUUGAGCUUGUCGAAUAAUGUUGGCUCGCAGGAUGUGCCUCUUGUUGCUUGA